AUUCUUGUAAAGGUUUUCACAGCGUCAAGUUGAAAUUUUUUGGGAGGUGCGUUUUUCCCUUCUAAGUGUUAUCGUGUCUAAAAAUUGUUUCAAGUCUCUUCGUAUGUUGUGAAUGUUGUGAUUUUGUAGUACGAGUGCACUGGACAUUGUGAGGAAAGUGUGAAAAAUAACUGAAAAGUUAUUGGCUUUCCUGGACGAAAAAAACUGUUCUUCUUUUUUGCAAAGAAAAAACGUGUUAAAAUCAUCACAAUGAACUUCUUAAGGAAGUUUGCAAGGGAUUUGCAGAUGUCGAAGCGUCGCGAGAGCGCUCCAGUGCUGAAUGAUAAUCAUGAGCAACGCACCGAGCAGUAUCGGCAGGCGAUGCAGGACUUCACGGAUUGGCGCAAGGAGAAUUGCAAUUCACAGAAGAGCAACAUGAACAGCCUCUUCGCCAAGGGCUCCAGCUCCAUUGGCGACAAGUCCUCGCCCACGUACGCUGAGAUUGACGAUCGGAUUCCUGAGGAGGGCAACACGCCUCCUGAGGGAUUCUUCCGCUCCAACUCCAUCCCCAAUUUGGCUCCGUCGCCGCACAAGAGCUCGGCGAUGCCGCAGAAGAAGCCCCAGAAGGCGAGGAGCCACAGGAAGGGCAGAGCUCCGCCGCCGCCGCCUCGCUUCAACGCCAAUGCGCCUCUGCCGGCGCAGCCGAAGCCAAAGAAGAGCAGCGCAGUGCCCAAGAACUGCUUGCAGCCGAUGGAGAGCGAGAAAGACGGCGAGGACACCGACGGGACGCGUUUCAGUGGAAACUACAGGAGAUUCGACGUUGAUUCCGACGCGGGCAUCAAGCUGAGUGCGCCGAAGAAGUAUCCGCGCCGUCUGAACGUCGUGCCGAAGCCCGCGGCGAUGAAUGCGGCUGAAUAUGACGAAGUGAUCAAUGAGGGAUUCCGCUUCCUGAACGAGCACUGCCAGAAUCUGGACAUCACACUCGAUGAGUACCUCAAGCGCAACAAUGUGCCCGUCACUGACCUGGACAAGUCCGAUGGCGACUCGUCAGAUGAGCAGCGAAAGGACUCUUUGUCGUCCUUCGGGGGCUUGCAGCAGCAGACCAUCGACACAUCCGUGCUUGAUCCGUUCUACAAUCGCAUCCAGGACUUCAUGCGAAUGCAGACUGUGACGAUGUGCAUGGCGAAUGAGGUGCACCGUCGUGUGCCGGCGCCGGGCAGCACUCUUCUCACGCCGCUCGAGUUCUCAGCCGGUGAGUUCAGGAAGUCCUCGGUGUCUGUGCGAAAGUAUUCACUGGGCGAGGGUGAGGAUUACGGCGCUGCCGAUGUGGCGUGCAAGCGAGACUACGAGAUACUCGCCAAUGUGCGUCACGAGCACGUGAGCGUGCUGAUGGCUGUGGUGAUGGACAGGGAGUUGAAUCAGAUCAAUGUCAUGAUGGAGCCUUUCACCUGCUCACUCAAUCACUAUCUGUACAAGGAGAACAAGGAGUUUUCCGUGGAUGAAACAAUUACGAUUGUGCAGCAAUUGUCAUCUGCUGUGCAAUAUUUGCACGAAAGUGAAUACAUCCAUUCGAACAUCUCCAGUCACACCGUGAUGAUGCGCUUGUCACCGCGUGAUUAUGGCGCUAAAACACGUCGCUAUCCCGUGUGCGUGAAACUGAUGUGCUUUGAAUUGGCCACGAGUGUCAAGUACGACAUUAAGAAGAAACUGGAGCAAACUUACGGCCGUCAGGGAUAUUUUAACGGCGUGGAUGGAUUCACUGUGAUGGGAAAGACGAGGACUUUGCCACCAAUGAGUGACACGGUGGACAAGGAGAAGUAUUUGGCGAUGUCACGAGAUCUCCACCGUGGCAAAAUUGUGCCAACUGUGAGAGCAACAAAGAUGGAUUUCAUUGAUCCAGCUCACAUGCCAUAUUCUCAAGCGUACAGACAGACUUUCUCCCUGCAUUACUAUCAAGCGCCGGAACUUGUGAAGUCUCGGGCGCUGUUUGUGGUGCCGCGCAAGGAGUGCGACAUCUACUCACUGUCCGUGUUGCUGUGGGAGAUGCUGAACAAGUGCGUGCCGUACGUGAUGUACACGUAUGAUGAAUUGGAGACAAUUCACGCAGCUGGAAGAUCUCAAAUCCCAAUAAUUGAUGAUGAGCGUUGUCGCUUCUUCGAUGAAGUAUUCUCAUUGGGUUUGGCUUCGAGGACCAAGGAUAGAAUAAUCUCACCACCACACUUUGACUCUCUCCUGGAGGAUGUGCGCUUUAUGCAUCAGAAGAGAAUUGAGAAGGAGCAGAUGGAGAAUGAUGACAUUCAGAGGUCGCAGCACAUGAAGAACAUCACGAAUGCUGAGAGGAAUGAUAAAGUGCAGAAGAAGGAUUAUCAUUUGGCCAGAAUUGAGGACAUCUUGGACAAUGUCACGCUUGAGAGUGCAAAUCACAGUGUGUUCUUUGAGAGGGCAGAAAGUUGCAAGGAUGAAUUGUUGGAUGGGAAUUUCAAGGAGCGCAAAAAUCAGCGUACAAACGGCGAAUUGAGCCUCUCAAUUGCCUCUGUGGGUAAAUCUGCAGGCUCUAGCUUGAUGGACAGUGCCAGGAAGAAGCGUUCAAUGCUUUACUCUCAACUGUAUGAAGAGAAGCCAAAUGAUACAUUCUUCAAUCUCUCCCAAUCGACGAUCUUCAACAGCAAUGCAGACUUCCAUAAUAAGCUCCUGGAGACGGCCAAGGAGGGUGACAAGCUGGAGCGCACGAGUACGACGAAGAAGAAGAAGCCCAGAGAGAUUGGCAAUGCCAAGGAUCUCUUUGGUGGUGACAAUGAGGUGAAAUCUCGUCGGAAUCUGAAUGAGAAGAUUGAAUUUGCGGCCAAUGAAUCGUCGACAAAGGAUGAUUCACUGAAGAAUGUCUCCAUGAAUUCGGGCUUUGUGGAGAGAGCGAAGGCCAGACUGGAGAAGUGUAUUCUCAAUGGGAGUACAAAUGUGUCUUCUGAGGAGGAAAUUGACGCGGUGAAGAAGACUUUCUCGCCUAGCAAGUAUUCCUUCAAUGUUGGACAGUGUGAUUUGCCCAAGACGAACAUCGCGAGGAGGAACAAAUUGAGACGCUAUGCUUGGCUAUCAGAGAAGAAACCAUCAAUUUCACCGGGUGGAAGUUCCUUCAACUUCCUGUCGGAUGAAUCUGGCCAGAAUGCUGCUCUGCAGGGCUUCAAUUUCACCAAUCCGAUGCAGAAGAAGGCGGAGGAAGAGAAGGCUUUCCAGGCUGAUGUGGCUGUGGAUGAGCGACGUGGAAGCACAUGCAGCAUCUCGCUGAAUGACUCAUUCAGGGAGCGCAAGGUGAAUGUGAAUCUGAAGGUGAAGCACAAUGAUCAGGAGAUCUUCAGCAAUUCCUUCACCAGCGAGGAGGAUCUUCAGGCAUUCAUGACGAAGAAGAUCAGUCAGAUUCACGUGGAUUUGUUCAAGAACAAUGGGAAUGAUCAGGCGGAAGUGGCUUCGUUGAAUCCCAAGAUGGAGAUCAAGAUGAUUGGACAUCGUGGUGAAGAAUCGUGUGAGAUUCAGCGAGAGAUUCUGGAUUUGUCAGCGCAAAUUGUGGAGAAGUUUGGCAACCAUAAUAACAGUACGCUGGAUGAGACGCAGGAGAAGAGCUCCUUCGAGAGGGAUUGCCGACGCAUGAUGAUUGUUAGGCCGGACACUCUGCAGGCGGCGAUCAGGAAGCAGAGGCGCGCAACGAAGGAGGAUCUGGAGCGCUUUGAAAACUCGCUGUGGCGCCGCGAAAAGAGCUUCUGCGAGAGAACGUCAUACAAUGGUAGUCUGGGCGAGUCUGAUGGCGAAGAUGCGGAGAAUUGCGCUGCGUUGGCCAAUAAGAAAGGUACGAAGUCUGGCAGUGAGGAUUCCAAGCACGAAACGGAAGAUCUGUACAUUGAUGAUGAUCUCUCGCAUUGGCCGGCGCUGUGUGUUAAUGUGGAUUUGGACUUUCUUAAGAAACCUCAAGCGUGAGGACACAUAUUUGGUGAAAUUCCUUUCUUUUUUUUAAACACUGAUAACUAUUAUUGUAGCGUGAAAAAUUGAAAGCUUCUUGAACUCCGUGGCGAGGAGAGAAAUAGUGAGAUGAUGAUGAUGAAAUUAAAGAGGUUUAUCAAUGA